GUAUAGAAAAAUAAAAUGGACAGGACGAACUGGACAGAGAUUGAGUUCAUUCUGCAGGGACUUUCUGAGUACCCCAAAGUGGAAAAACUCCUUUUCGUCAUGUGCUUGAUGAUGUACCUGGUGAUCCUGCUGGGGAACAGCACCUUGAUCAUACUAAUUCUCCUGGAUUCCCGCCUCCACACUCCCAUGUACUUCUUCCUUGGUAAUCUUUCCCUCCUAGACAUUUGUUACACAUCCUCCUUUACCCCCUCAGUGUUGAUUCACUUCCUAUCACAGAAAAAAACCAUCUCCUUCACUAGGUGUGUUGUUCAGAUGUCUGUCUCCUACACUAUGGCAUGCACAGAAUGUGUGCUCUUAGCAGUGAUGGCAUAUGACCGUUACGUGGCCAUCUGUAACCCUCUGAGAUACCCCAUCAUCAUGAGCAAGGCACUUUGCAUUCAGAUGGCAGCCCUCUCCUGGGGAAUGGGCUUUCUCAAUUCACUGACAGAAACUAUACUUGCAAUACGGUUGCCCUUCUGUGGAAAAAAUGUCAUUAACCACUUUGUUUGUGAAAUAAUGGCUUUUGUCAAGCUGGCUUGUGCAGAUAUUUCCUUGAAUGAGAUUGCUAUAAUGUUGGGCAAUGUAAUAUUUUUGUAUAUUCCAUUAUUGUUAAUUUGCAUCUCCUACAUUUUCAUCCUAUCUACUGUACUAAAAAUGAAUUCAUCAGAAGGAAGAAAAAAAGCUUUUUCUACCUGUUCAGCCCACUUAACAGUAGUGACCAUGUUUUAUGGGACAAUCCUCUUCAUAUAUAUGAAGCCAAAGUCCAAAGACUCUGCUAUUGACAAAUUGAUUGCUCUGUUCUAUGGAGUAGUCACUCCCAUGCUCAAUCCUAUCAUAUAUAGCCUGAGGAACACAGAGGUGCUUGGAGCUUUGAGAAAAUUGAUGAGUAGACACUGUUUCUGGAGAAAAGGAUGA